AGGGAGAGCGAGGGGGGCGUUUAGUAUGGGGGACGAGAGGGACUCGAAGGAGAGAGCGACCAGCGGUGACAGAUGCGUCAGUGAGACUGCUUGCUAGCGGAGAAGCGAGAGAAAGUGUGCGUGCGCUCCGAGGCACCAAGCGCAAAGCAAAAGGGGGCACAAUCGGCAAAUUUACCGGAGGAACAAAAACAUGCAAAGAGAUAUGAGAGCUCGGAAAAAAAAAUGCAAACGAUAUUAGUGCACCGCAACAAAUGAAUGCUUGAUUUUUUUAAUUUUUUGUUUUUUUAAUUACGGAGGAAAACGAAGACUGGUGACAGUUCUGUUUAAAAUGUGCAAGCUUUAAAACUCUCGAUGAAGCGCCUAAAAUUGUAUGCGCAGCCCUUGGAGAAAAAUGCAAGAAGUUUUCUUUCCACGUUUGUUGCCUUUUCCCUAAUAAAAAUGGAAUGCAUUUAAACAUCAACGAUUUUAAAAAAUAUAUAUUUAUGCAUGUAUGGCAUUUUGUUUUAAUGUAGCGCUUACUCGUUCAUUUCAAAGGCUCGGCGACUAAGCUGCCCGUUACUUCAGCAAGGAGGUAGGAAGCCUCUUCAUUUUCGGACGCAAUGGAGCUUUAUUAUUUAAAUAACAGAAGCGAAGAACUGAACUUUUCAAACGUAACAGAGGACGACUCCAUGAAACUUCUGUUUGGAAUCGGCACUGACAACUUCAUAACGCUGCUCAUUUUCGGGCUUAUUUUUACGCUCGGGGUUCUUGGGAACUCCUUGGUGAUCACCGUUCUGGCACGGAGCAAACCGGGCAAACCUCGCAGUACCACCAACAUCUUCAUCCUUAACCUGAGCAUCGCCGAUCUGUCGUACCUCCUGUUCUGCAUCCCUUUCCAGUCCACCGUAUACAUGCUGCCAACGUGGGUCCUGGGAGCUGUCAUCUGCAAGUUCAUACACUACUUUUUCACCGUCUCUAUGCUCGUCAGUAUUUUCACGCUGUCCGCGAUGUCCGUGGAUCGCUAUAUCGCCAUUGUCCACUCCAGAAAGUCCUCCGUCAUCCGGGUGGCACGGCACGCACUCAUCGGGGUGAUCGUGAUCUGGAUUGUGUCCUUAGCCAUGGCUGCGCCAGUCGCAUAUCACCAGAACAUCGUGCUGCGGAGCGACAAUAACACCUACUGCUGGGAAGUCUGGCCGGAGCAGAAGAGCAAGAAAAUCUACGUGGUGUGCACGUUUGUGUUUGGCUACGUGCUGCCACUCAUUUUAAUCUCCUUCUGCUAUGCAAAGGUGUUAAAUCAUUUGCACAAAAAGUUAAGGAACAUGUCCAAGAAGUCUGAAGCAUCAAAGAAGAAGACUGCACAGACUGUCCUAGUCGUAGUCGUGGUUUUCUGCAUCUCCUGGCUGCCACAUCACAUAGUCUAUCUCUGGGUAGAAUUUGGAUCGUUUCCUCUCAAUCAAGCCUCCUUUGCAUUCAGAAUAGCUGCCCACUGCCUUGCAUACAGCAAUUCCUCCGUCAAUCCAAUUAUUUAUGCGUUCUUGUCGGAAAACUUCAGAAAGGCUUACAAGCAAGUGUUCAAGUGCCAGAUAAGCAGCGAAUAUCCUCUGAACGACGUGAAAGAAAUACGAAGCAAAGUGGAUACCCCUCCUUCCACCAACUGCACCAAUGUGUGACGGUGUCAAGGAAGUGUCCGUCUGCUCCCAAAAUAGGCUGACUUGGGCCACUUUACCGAUGGUGGAGGCUUCUAGGAUACCUUUUACAGAGUUUACAGAAAGGAAUGGAGAGCUUUCAGAAGAGAGCAACGGUGCUGCUGCUAAAAGCAUUUAAGUAGUUUAGAGAAUGAAGAAGGAGAUGGAAGUACAUGAGGCCAAGCUUCAGGUCGUUGUCCAGACACAGUUGGAGACUAGCAGGGCAGCGGCUAAUGUAACCCUGCUACAUUCUGAACAACGCAAGUGCAAUCUGUACAAAAAGCCACCACCGUACGGUAACUGAACAUUGUUUACACUGCAAAAAUUCACAGACUGAUGAACAACGUGUUAAUAUUUUUGGUCUGCCUACUACAAGCCUCAUUAUUGUCUCUGCCAAAGAGGCAGAAAUUUACUUAUCUUAUAUUUUGCAAAAAAAGACAAGUCGAAGAAGCUAAUUAUUUAUUUUGCAUGAUCUCCUACUAUCUUGACUUUAUUUAACGGGGAAAGGAUAUUAAAUUAUUUUAAUACAAUCUUCCUCAAAGAAUGAUUUCAAUAAUCAGGUUUUAUUGUUUUGUAUUAUAAAACUGUGGUGUUCAUUUAGAGUUAAGAUUAGAGUCGGCUUCGUCAAAUUCCGCAUGUAUGCCUUUUUGAUAGCUGAGCUUCAAGUGUAAUCAGUGGCCUCUUUAAUUUUCACACACACACACACACAUAUAAUAUACAAUAUCUAUCAUCUCAUCAUCUGAAACGUCUUGUGGUGAGGGCCGCAGUGGCAGCAGGCCAAGCAGGUCAGCCCACACUUUUCUGUCUCCAGCUACAGAUUUUAGCUCUUCCUAGGGAAUUCCCAGGCAUUCCUGAGUCAACCUGAGAGAUUUAAUCCCUACAGCUUGUCCUGGGGGUGCUGCAGAGUCCCCUCCUGAGGAAAUUGAGCCUGAUAGGGUUCCAUGGGUAGAAUCCUUACAACAAGCCCAACCAACUUCUCAAUAUGGAGAUCCACAAUUCUGUUCCUGAUAGAACGUAAGCCCAGCAACCAUGCAAAAAAAAAAAAAAACUUCCUUUCUGUCACUUGUAUGGAUGAUCUCAUUCUUUAGGUCAUUACCUACAGCUCAUGACUGUAGACGAGGACAGGAAUGUAGAUCGAUCUUUAAACUGAGAGGUAUUUCAAUAGACUCAACUGCUGCAUCACUACAGUGCCUGUAGUCAAAGUACUGCUGCCCCAAUCUGCUUAUCAAUCUCAUGUUCCCUUCUUCUAUCACUCAUGAUGAAAGAUCUCAAGACACUUGAAAACUCCUCCACUAAGGUCAGUUGUUAAUCGUUCACUUGGAGAGAGCAGUCCACUCUUUCCUGAGAGAGAACCAUGAGUUUGGGAUUGUGAAGUUGGUGCUGAUCCUUAUUCCAUCCACAUCACACUGGGCAGACAUUUGCUCGAGUAUGUGAUGAUGGUCACAGUCAGAUGACGCAAAAUCCCAAAAUACCUGAACUCCUCCACUAAGGACAGUUGGAGAGAGCAAUCCGCUCUUUUCUGAGAGGGAGAGCCUUGACUUCAGACUGUGGUGCUGAUGCUGAUCAAAUGUAGAUGAAGGUCACGGUCAGAUGAGGCAUAAAAAGAGCAACAUCACCAUACUGCAAGUAGCAAUGUCGCUAUCCUUAGCCUCCCCAGCAGGGCACACACCCUCACGUCGUCAACUGCACCUUGAUAUUCUGUCCAUGAAACCCACAAACAAGAGUUAGACACAACCCUGAUAGAGUCUGAUGGCCAUAGUGAAUGAGUUCAACAUAACGCCACGUAUUCAGACACAGCUCUCAUGUACAGAAACUAAUAUCAUUUAAGAGUGACUCUGUUACCCAGGAUCAUCUUAACAGCAUCAUAGGCUCCUGGAGGAAAGUAGUGUGCUGGGACCCCAGUGAACAUACAGAAACAUUCUGGGCUUCUUUGCUUCUGGGGCCCCCAGUCAGUGCCAAUUGUGCCCAUAUGUUAAGACGGCCCUGCUGAGUCUUACCCUAAAUUGCUGAAGCACCUUCCGACAACACAUGCCAAGGGACAUGAUCAUAUACUUUUUCCAAAUCUACAAAAACUAUGUAGACUGGGUUAUCAUACUGCCAUACAUCCUCCAGCAAUUACGUCAAUGGAGAAGAGCUGGUCAUCUGUUCCACAGCCUGGACAAAUUCCAUGUAAGUUGUAUAUGAUUCAUCAAAUCUCAUUUUCCAUGAUGAAUAAAUGUGAUCAUAAUUAAUUAUUUAUAUACAUACUGUAUAUGUUAUAGGCUAACAUGUAUCUGUCAAUGUUCGUCAUGAACAAGCAAUGUGAACAAAAUGAAUGAUACUAAACAGGCUGUGAUUUUCAUACAAAAGCAAUCUGCAAAUCAGCGUUUAGAAUUAAUUCAUAAUACUCUAUAUCUCCCUUUGGUCUUGCUCGUUUAAAACGAGUGCCUAGGAAAUCAAACUUUCACGUGCAAGAUUCAUCUCUUUAAUGAUGUGCAUUUAAAUACCAAACAGUUCACAUCAGCCAUCUCUUAAUUCACCUUCUACUAAAGGACUAAUAUGAGGUCAGCUUCUCAUUCUUCUUAAAAGUUGUCAAGGUUUCUGCGUAAACUCUAUGUCUCGAUAGAUAAUACCAGAUUGACGCAACUCCUAAAAAAAAGAGGUGCUUCCUGACUUGAGUCCUAAAGUUCCUUAAUUACCACCAGCGUCCUUGAGUACGUGAUUCACUGUUAAGUUAAAAGAAUUCUUCUAGAUCUACUUCGUAGAUAGAUAGAUAGAUAGAUAGAUAGAUAGAUAGAUA